AUGGUAGUUGAGAGUCUUCAACAUAGUGAUGUUACAUAUUUUCCAUCGAUUGGUGUGUGUGAGAUUGGCUACGUCAAAGAAGACUACAUUGAGUUGGAUAGAGAAGUGCGACGACUGGGCGGCGAAAAUAAUAUUAAUUUUGAUGUCGAAGAUUUUUUACUUCGUGCUGUGUAUUAUAAUCUUUACCAUUUCGGAUCGUUCGCAUCAUAUUGUUCGUCGUAUCGACAUUGUACGGAUAAUUGCAUAAAAUGUCCCGAAUUCAAUUAUGGUUAUUUUGCUAACAAGACUCGUCAACCAUGUUCCAAAUUGAUGAUCAACUGUACAUGGAAUGAAAAACCAUUUGACUGCUGUCGAUACUUUUUACCAAUUCAAACCACCAUGGGCAAAUGCUUUUUGUUGAAUUCAAUCCAAUUAAUUAACCGGAGCGAUGAUAGAUGGUUCAAAAUGAAGUUGGGAUCGGAGAAGAUGCAAGACUUUUUGAGAUUGGAGUUCUCAAAGGCAGCAUCGAUAACGGUGUUAAAUGAAGAAGAUGUCCCACAUAUGCUAUUGACCUAUUUAAUGUUCAAUCAACUGCACAGUGGCAUCCAACAGUAUAUCAAUUUGAAUGUUCAGAAUGUUGUAAAUGAUGAAGGUGUACAGGAUAUAAGUAAAAAAUCAAGAAGGUGUAUUUUUCCCGACGAGAAUUUCGGCUCGAAAUAUAAAUAUUACAGUUUCAGUGUAUGUGUUACCGAAUGUAUGAAGAAAACGCAGAUAGAAGCUUGCAAUUGCACACAUUUCAGCAUGAUUUAUGACGAUGGUCUGAAAUGUGACUGUCUGCCAUCAUGCAACGAACAUGAAAUCAAGCUCAUUGGUCGAACAUACAAAGCCGAAGAUAAAUCUGAACACAGGCGAAUCACACAAAUAAUAGUGCAAUCCCUUCCAACUCAAAGAUACCGUCGACAGGCUGUUCGCAACAAUUUGGAUAUUGUCGUCUCAAUUGGUGGAAUUAUGAGCCUUUAUCUUGGCGCUAGUAUUUUAAGUCUUGUGGAGUUUUUAUACUUUUUCACAAUUCGUGCAUCAACACGUCAAACCCAAACAGACAAAUAA